AUGGAAGAAAAUGGAUGGGUGAUAUCCAUUUCAAUUCUCCUUCUCUUCAUUAAUUUUCUCUCAAAAUCGAUACUAAAGAGAGAAACAAAACACAAAAACCUUCCACCAACUCCACCAGCUUUACCACUGAUAGGACACCUUCAUCUCAUAAAAGAACCACUACACCGUACUCUCAGUAACCUUACUCUCAAGUAUGGCCACAUAUUUUUUCUCCGCCUUGGAUCCCGAAACGUCCUCGUCGUUUCAUCCCCUUCCUUGGUUGAAGAAUGCUUCACCAAAAACGACAUCACCUUCGCAAACCGUCCCCGCACGCUCGCCGGAAAACACCUCAACUACAACUGCACAGCGAUGGGAUUCGCUUCCUACGGCGAUCACUGGCGCAACCUUCGCCGUCUAACGACCCUCGAACUGUUAUCCUCCAACCGGCUCGCCAAGUUCGCCAGAAUUCGAGAAGAAGAGGUGAAAAUCUUGGUGAAGCAACUGUUCGAAGAUUGCAAAGAUGAAACGGUGUCGGUAGAGGUAGAGCUUAGGCCUAGACUAGUGGCGCUUUCCUUCAACAUAAUGGUUAGGAUGAUAACUGGGAAACACUACUAUGGCAAAGAUGCGGUUUCAGAAGAAGAGAAAGAGUUUCAGCUUCUGAUGAAAGACUUGGCAGAGCUAAAUGGAAGUGGAAAUUUGAAUGAUUUUCUUCCAAUACUUCAGUGGAUUGAUUUCCAAGGGAUAGAGAAGAAGAUGAUUAAGGUGAUGCACAAAGUGGAUAGCUUCUUCCAGAAAUUGAUUGAUAACCACCGCCAAAACAGUGACACCGACGCCGACUUCUUGAACGGUUCGAAGGACAUGACGCUCAUUGAUGUCAUGUUGGAACUGCAAAAAGAGGAACCAGAAAUCUAUACUAACCAAACUGUCAAAGGUGUUAUUCUGGCAAUGCUUGUGGCUGGCUCUGAAACUUCAGCAACUGCACUGGAAUGGGCACUGUCACUUCUUCUCAAUCAUCCGAAAGCAAUGAACAAGACAAAGAUUGAGAUAGAAACUUGUGUGGGACAAGAUCAAUUGUUAAACGAACAAGACGCUACGAAACUCAAGUAUUUGCAAAACGUCAUCACAGAGACACUUCGUUUAUAUCCAGUGGCUCCAAACUUGAUACCCCACGAAUCCGCCAAUGAUUGCAAAGUUGGAGGUUAUGAUAUUCCACGUGGGACAAUGCUAUUGGUGAACCUAUGGACCUUGCAUAGGGACGCAGAGUGGUGGACAGAUCCAACAAGGUUUGAGCCAGAGAGAUAUGAAAGAGGAGAAGGUGGUGAAAAAGUGUAUGAUAUGAUCCCAUUUGGCACUGGAAGGCGAGCUUGCCCUGGAGCUGGUUUGGCAAAGCGUGUUAUGGGACAUGCGUUGGGUGCUUUGAUUCAGUGUUUUGAGUGGAAUAGGAUUGCUGAUGAAGAAAUCAACAUGGCAGAGGGAACAGGGAUUACCCUACCCAGAGUUCAGCCCUUGGUUGCCUUGUGUAGGCCACGCCAAACCAUGAUCAAGGUUCUGUCCGAUAUAUGAAGCACUUUGUGUCAACAGGUUGAAAUUCACUUGAAUAUAAAUUUAGAGGAUAUUUUAAACUUAUUGAAUAAAUAAGUCAUUACACUAAUGUUGUUUUUUUUUUUUAAUACUUAUUUUAUUGUGGAUUGGCACUUGAUGUGUCAUUGCUUGCUAUCCUAUUAAAUAAAGACUCGUUUAUGUGGAUUAAGUGAAUUUUAAUUUCCUCUCAGUUAAUAUUUCCAACAUCAAUUAUAAUUAUAAAUUCUUUUUUAAUUGUUCGAUUCAUAAAUCUUAUUUCUAAUUUUCUUUUUUUUAUUUGAACGAACAUGUUAUCAUUAGGUAUUUACAUUAUCAUUGAUCUUGGUUUGUAUCUUAAAAUGUUUAGUAGUACACACACUUUAUAUAUUUGAGAGAAUCUUGAUCAUGUUGACGUAACCUACAUAAGGCACCGAAUAUUUAACUGAGUAUGGUAAUCUUACCUCCUUUCUCUCAUGUUAAUUUCUCCAUCUCCGAUUAUGCCUUGGGAUAAUAACUUCUUAAUUUCUUAAAUUUACAUUGUCCCUUAUAUUCUUAUUCUAGUUUCACUUCCUUCAAAUAAAAUGUAUACUCAUAUAUGCGACAAAAGCUUAAUCCUUGUUUAACUAGCUUAAAAUAGAAUAUUCAAAUCCACAAUAAUGCUAUUCAAACACUUGGAUUUGGUGUUUAUACCCAACACCGUAUACCAACAGUUUUUGAAUACAAGGUUGCAUAUUAGUUAUUCUACACACGUGAACAUACUGCUGAACUC